GUGAGUGCGGGCUGCAUAGACUUUAAUAAAGCUUCUCCCAUAGGAGGAGCUGCAGCCCAUGAUCUGGGAUGAUCUGGGAGGUCUUUUCGAGCUCUCACGAUUACACAAUUCAAUGUUCCCAUCACCCUCACAGCAAACCUCCCAUCCAACCCCGGGAACCUUCCUCCUGCGGAACCUUUCCCCCCGCUCUUUGUUCCCUCCCGACGUCACACAACCACAGGACAACAUGGCGGCGCCCAGGAAGGAGGAGGGUCGUGCUUUGGAGCCCGGUGCUGCUCCUUACGGGAACUUCCCCCAUUACUCCCGUUUCCACCCCCCCGAGGGUCGCCUUUCCCUCCUGCCCGGUGGGCUCCUGAGGCGGCUGUUCCCCUCUGACCACCGCCCGCUGCUGGGCCUCGACGUGGGCUGCAACUCCGGGGAGCUAAGUGUGGCUCUAUACCGGCAUCUGCUUGGCCUUCAGGAGGGCAAAGGCAGCCCGGAGCAGCCUGCAGAUAGGAGGGAUCUGCACCUUCUGUGCUGUGACAUUGAUCCGGUGCUGAUUGAGAGGGCUCAGCAGAGCAGCCCCUUCCCUAACUCCAUAUCCUUUGCCAACCUGGACAUCAUGGACUCCAACACCAGAGAGCCAUUCCUCAGCUCCUACCUGAGCCGUUUUGGCCGCUCCACUUUUGACAUCAGCUUUUGCAUGUCUGUGACCAUGUGGAUCCACCUGAACCAUGGGGACAGAGGCCUGGUGGAGUUCCUGGCCUUCUUGUCCUCUCUGUGCAGGUACCUGCUGAUUGAACCCCAGCCCUGGAAGUGCUACCGAGCAGCUGCCCGCCGCCUGCGGAAGCUGGGCAGGAAUGACUUCGAUCACUUCCGAUCUCUUGCCAUCAAAGGGGAUAUGGCAGAGAGGAUCACACAGAUCUUAACAAGGGACUGCACCAUGGAGCUGGUGUGCUGCUUUGGAAACACCAGCUGGGACAGAAGCCUCUUGCUUUUUAAAUCCAAUGGCUUAAAUCACGAGGGUGGGGAGACUUCAGAACAGCAGCAGUGACUGACAAAGGGCUUUGUGUGCUCCUGGGUUUGUAGGCAAGUUACAGAGUCAGAUGCAGGAAUUCCUACAUCCCUACUGGGGUCAGACCUUCACCUCCAUAGGGAGUUUAAGCCAACUAAUAUCUGUGCAUUGUUGUGUUUGUCUGACCCAUCUUGUGGGUUCUGAGGUUGCUGUUUCUAGAAGGUGCAUUUGAAAUCCAAGCUACGUGUGAUUUCUUUCUAUACCAAGAAUGUUCCCUGCAAGAAGGGAGAACAUGCCUUUUUGUUUUUGGCCACAAAGCCUUUCUAGGAAAGGGAAGGCAAAACCAUUUCUACCGACUCAUGUGAUGCAGUUUGUUCUGCUUCUUGUCAUGUUUUCUACAUAGAAAGCUUAAGGGAAACACUCAGCCUGCUUUACCAGCCAUGAGUAAGUUGGGUCAUUGCAGAAUGUGUCUGGCUGGGCACUGAAGCAUGUAACAAAGUGAGAGCUCUUUGUAACAGUAUCCUUAAAAUAGAAUAAAAGUAAUAUAAUUUUAUCAGUAAA